AUGCCUGACAAAGUAGCACCAAAGGCUCAUAGGAACAUGAAGAAAGGAUACGGUCUUUGGAAAGAAAGUUAUGUCAAUAGCUAUAUCAUGUUCAAGUCAAGGCAAACGUGCAAUGAAAAUUCAACUACUUCUGGUGAAAGCUCGAGUUAG